GCGCUGCUCUUCGUCGCAUGUCGGAAUACGUAAACAUUCCCUUUCGCCAUCUUUUUCCCAGCCGGCUUCUCCGCGUGAAGAGCACGCUGGCUGAUGCGCGGGGGGUUUUAACCAAAUACUACCGCCUCAUAAAGCGUCCAGAGUCUCAGCGGACACCGGGUGAGGCGUCCAGCUCGUCUUGGCUAAACAGCGCUCUGUGGUGCGUCUGCGGUAAACAGCACCGACAAGAUGGCCGACAAGAACACGCGAAUCGCCAUCGUCAACCACGACAAGUGCAAGCCGAAGAAAUGCAGGCAGGAGUGUAAGAAGAGCUGUCCUGUGGUGCGGAUGGGUAAGCUGUGUAUCGAAGUGACACCUCAGUGUAAGAUCGUGUGGAUCUCCGAAUCACUGUGUAUAGGCUGCGGCAUCUGCAUCAAGAAAUGUCCGUUUGGUGCUCUGUCUAUCGUAAACCUGCCGAGUAAUCUGGAGAAGGAGACCACACACAGAUACUGCGCCAACUCCUUCAAAUUGCACAGGUUGCCCAUUCCACGUCCUGGAGAAGUGCUGGGGUUGGUGGGCACUAACGGUAUCGGGAAGUCCACCGCUCUCAAAAUCCUGGCAGGAAAACAGAAACCAAAUCUGGGCAAAUACGAUGCUCCUCCGGACUGGCAGGAGAUCUUGGCUUAUUUCCGAGGCUCAGAGCUGCAGAACUAUUUCACUAAGAUCCUGGAGGAUGACCUCAAGGCCAUCGUAAAGCCACAAUACGUUGACCAGAUCCCCAAAACCGUCAAGGGGUCAGUAGGCGCCAUUUUGAGCAGGAAAGAUGACACUAAGACGGAGGAGCAAGUGUGUGAGCAGCUAGAUCUGCUGCAUCUGAGGGAUCGCAACGUUGAGGACCUUUCAGGAGGAGAGCUGCAGAGAUUCGCCUGCGCUGUCGUCUGCAUCCAGAAAGCAGACAUUUUCAUGUUUGACGAGCCGUCCAGUUAUCUCGAUGUGAAGCAGAGGCUCAGAGCUGCCAUCACCAUCCGAUCUCUCAUCUCACCCGACAGGUACAUCAUUGUGGUGGAGCACGAUCUGAGCGUGUUGGAUUACUUGUCCGAUUUUAUCUGUUGUCUGUACGGCGUGCCGAGUGCUUACGGAGUCGUCACCAUGCCCUUCAGCGUCCGAGAAGGUAUUAAUAUCUUCCUGGACGGCUACGUGCCGACGGAGAACCUGCGUUUCCGCGAGACCUCGCUGGUGUUUAAAGUGGCCGAGACGGCAGCUGAAGAGGAGGUGAAGAAGAUGUGCCGCUAUCAAUAUCCCAACAUGCGCAAGAGCAUGGGCGACUUCACGCUCAGCAUCACCGAGGGAGAGUUCACCGACUCGGAGAUCAUGGUCAUGCUCGGGGAGAACGGUACCGGGAAGACCACAUUCAUCAGACUGCUGGCUGGCGGCUUGAAACCUGACGGAGGAGGUGACGUGCCGAUUCUGAAUGUCAGCUACAAGCCUCAGAAGAUCAGCCCCAAGUUUAAAGGCAGCGUUCGUGCCUUGCUUCACGAGAAGAUCAGAGACGCGUACACACACCCUCAGUUCGUCACUGAUGUCAUGAAGCCCAUGCAGAUCGAGAGCAUCAUCGACCAGGACGUUCAGAAUCUGUCCGGUGGUGAGUUGCAGCGUGUGGCGCUGGCUCUGUGUUUGGGUAAACCGGCUGAUGUUUAUCUGAUCGACGAACCAUCAGCCUACCUGGACUCCGAGCAGCGUCUCAUGGCUGCCCGAGUCAUCAAACGAUUUAUUCUGCACGCAAAGAAAACCGCUUUCGUAGUGGAGCACGACUUCAUCAUGGCCACGUAUCUGGCGGACCGAGUCAUCGUGUUUGACGGCGUUCCCUCCAGGAACACCUGCGCCAACACGCCACAGACUCUGCUGGCUGGCAUGAACAAGUUCCUGGCGCAGCUGGAAAUCACAUUCAGAAGAGAUCCAAACAACUUCAGACCAAGAAUCAACAAACUCAACUCUAUCAAGGACGUGGAACAAAAGAAGACCGGCAACUACUUUUUCCUGGAUGACUGAAGCGUCCAUUCCUGAAAUAAAGUUAAAAUCCCCCAAAUUUGGUCCCGUUCCAUUGGGCCACGCCUCUACCUAAAUGUGACAUCAUCCAGGAAGAAGCACCGGGACUGUUUACUUUCAACACUGACCCAUCAACGCCACCAUUUUGUCCAGCAGGUCCAGUAAACAGGGUUUAUUCAUCCUCCUCUCCCCCCUUUUCAUCAGCACUGAUCCUCUAACAGACCGGAUCGCUGAACGGUGAACAGGAGAUGGAGCCGGUGGCCAUCUUGUUUGUUUUUUCAUGCAUCCAAUCCGUAUAGAGGACUGAGAUGAAGUGGAGGAGAGAGGACACUUUAAAAAAAAAAAAAAAAAAAAAAAAAAACACCUAUAUAAACGGGACCUUGAUGAGACUUGUUUGUUUUUUUGGGUGACCAAUAAUAAAGCUUAUCACCGUUUGUGUUUUUUCUGGUCACAAAGAGAGAGAGAAACACAUGCCAAACAAGUGUAUAGUUUGAAAUAUUUUAAUCAUUAUGCCACAAUACAUCUUAUUAAAUAAUCAAUUUAA